UGCUCCUCACCCCGGAUCUAACCUCUUCUUUAUGCGCCCCCCACUCCUUCCAGAUGAGGAGGCGGUGGAGGAGGAGGAAGCCCCUGAGGAGCCGGAGCCGGUGGCAGAGCGAGAAGAAGAGCGCCCUAAACCCAGCCGUCCUGUGGUGCCUCCUUUGAUCCCCCCCAAGAUCCCAGAAGGGGAGCGUGUGGACUUUGAUGACAUCCACCGGAAGCGCAUGGAAAAAGACUUAUUGGAGCUGCAGACUCUCAUUGAUGUGCACUUCGAGCAGCGGAAAAAGGAAGAAGAGGAGCUCAUAGCGCUGAAAGAUCGCAUCGAGAGGCGUCGAGCAGAGAGAGCUGAGCAGCAGCGGUUCAGAACCGAAAAGGAGCGAGAGCGGCAGGCCAAGCUGGCGGAAGAGAAGAUGCGGAAGGAGGAGGAGGAAGCCAAGAAGCGAGCAGAGGAUGAUGCCAAGAAGAAGAAGGUUCUCUCCAACAUGGGGGCUCAUUUUGGGGGCUACCUGGUCAAGGCCGAGCAGAAACGUGGGAAGCGGCAGACCGGCCGGGAGAUGAAGCUCAGGAUCCUGUCUGAGAGGAAAAAGCCCUUGAACAUCGACUACAUGGGGGAGGACCAGCUCCGGGAGAAGGCCCAGGAGCUGUCUGAAUGGAUCCACCAACUAGAGUCAGAGAAAUUUGACCUGAUGGAGAAACAGAAGCAACAGAAAUACGAGAUCAAUGUGCUGUACAACCGCAUCAGCCACGCCCAGAAAUUCCGAAAGGGGGCUGGGAAGGGUCGAGUUGGAGGCCGCUGGAAGUGAGACUGCCAGGGCAUGCCCCGCUGCACGGAGCCCAGGAGCCACCUGAAACUCAAAAUGAAGACUCUGCAGACA